CUUGCUCACAGCAAACCAGCGGUGGCCACCCUCAGCCGAGACGACAUUUAACCUCGGUUGCUUCAUCCACAAUAGCCGUGCCGAGCACAUCACAGCCUUCAGCAGCGAAUAACAACAACAACGACAGCAGACGGACAGGUCAAGUCACCCAUCGUCAUCAGCUGCCCUCAUCCCGCCCCGUGAGCGGCGGUCGAGGCAGCAGCAGCAACAACAACAACAGCAGCACCGCGUGUGCGUCUCACUCUUUUUUUUAUAUCUCCGACAUCGUCUUCGUCGCUCGGGACUCAUGAGCACCGAGCUAAGGCAGCGGAUCCCGGCCGAGGUGGAGGGCUCGGCACCGGCGGAAGAAGACACGAAGAAGCAUGUAUUGACUGAUGAAGGGGAGGAAGAUGAUGGCCAGGAUGACAACGAAGAUUGGGGCGAGAGAAAAGGGGAGGACAGUGACCGAAAGGACGAUGGGGAGGAAGGGGAAGACGGGGGAGAGCGGGAUGAGGAAGAGGAGAGGGCCGAGAAGAAGGUGGACGACAGAUCCAAGUCCGGCCAGGAAACGGCCAUGGGGCAGCCCGGUACGGACAACACGCCUGAGGUGCUCAACAAAGCGCUAUCAGGGAUGUCGUCUCGAUGGAGAAACUGGUGGGUUCGUGGGAUUCUGUCCCUUGCCAUGAUUGGAUUCUUUUUCAUCAUCAUCUACUUGGGACCACUCGUCCUCAUGCUCAUUGUUCUUGGUGUUCAGAUCAAGUGUUUUCAUGAGAUCAUCACCAUCGGCUACAACGUGUAUCACUCCUAUGAGUUGCCCUGGUUCAGAACGCUGAGCUGGUACUUCCUGCUUUGUGUGAAUUACUUUUUCUACGGAGAAACUGUGGCCGAUUACUUCUUCUCCCUGGUUCAACGCGAGGAGCCCUUGAGACUCUUGUUUCGCUACCACCGCUUCAUUUCCUUCACAUUGUACUUGACUGGAUUUUGCAUGUUUGUGUUGAGUCUGGUGAAGAAGCAAUAUCGUCUUCAAUUUUACAUGUUCGGAUGGACCCAUGUGACCUUGCUGAUUGUAGUGACACAGUCUCACCUUGUGAUCCAGAACCUCUUUGAGGGCACGAUCUGGUUCAUUGUUCCCAUCUCCAUGGUGAUUUGUAAUGACAUCAUGGCUUACAUGUUUGGGUUCUUUUUCGGACGAACCCCGCUCAUCAAGCUGUCUCCCAAGAAAACCUGGGAGGGAUUUAUCGGAGGCUUCUUUGCCACGGUCGUGUUCGGCCUCAUCCUGUCUUACCUGAUGGCUGGCAUCCCAUACUUUGUAUGCCCCGUGGCGUACAACAGCGAGACCAGCCGAUUCACCGUGGACUGCCAUCCCUCAGAGCUGUUUCACUUGCACGAGUACUCCGUACCCGCUGUGGUGCAGUCCGUCAUUGGCUGGAAAACAGUUCGGCUGUACCCGUUCCAGAUCCACAGCAUUGCUCUGUCAACCUUCGCUUCGCUCAUGGGACCAUUUGGAGGGUUCUUUGCAAGUGGAUUCAAGCGUGCCUUUAAAAUUAAGGAUUUUGCCGACACCAUUCCUGGCCACGGAGGGAUCAUGGAUCGAUUCGACUGUCAAUAUCUCAUGGCCACGUUUGUGCACGUGUACAUGGCCAGCUUCAUAAAAGGGCCAAAUCCAGCCAAACUUCUGCAGCAGCUGCUGGUGCUUAGGCCAGACCAGCAGAUUCAGAUUUUUAAAGCGCUCCGUGACAGUCUGAUGGGAAAGGGACUCAUCCAGAAGGAAGACGACUUCGUGGGCAUUAUCCAACCCAAGCUCUCCUAGGUGGCCUACCUACGCACCAGGAUCCGUACGCACACGCUCAUAUUUAAAGGGACAUCGCAGGCCGCCUGUAUUUAUUAAGAUCAAAAGUCAUGCUCGGGAAUCACUUCAUCGUUUUCUUGGCAAUGCGACAUAGCGUGAUGUAUUUGCUCUGUACUUUUAAGUUGUUCUCGCGUUGCGAAAUUUAAGUGGGGAUUUCCCUUCGCUGUCAGAUUCGCAGGCCUCCACAGUGACCACAGUAACUUAACCUACCAGCUUGUUCAAGCAGCGUUUUAUAGCUUGGGGAUGUGAUGAUUGGUCAGCCGAUGCCAGUAGUGCAAUUGCAAAGUGCAGCAUUUAUCUUGCAUUAUCAUUCUGUGCUUCUCUGGUUUUGGCCAAUUCCGAUGGAGCAAUGGUUAUAUUGGAGCCUAUUUGCAGCAGUAUCCUUCACUCAAGCUCAUAAACAUUUAUUGAAAACAACUCUCUUUUGCUGUUUUUACACGAAGGCUUUGCGCAUUGAACUAUGCUGCAGCAAAUUUCAAUUUAAAGCUUUCGUGACUGCAGGGAUUCAUAUUCUUGGUUCUUUCGGUGAAGUCACGUAGAAAGAAGCAAGAAUAUGCUGUAGCAUUUACAAGGAAUUAAUUUGUUGCCUACGUGAUAACAUUCCCUUACUCUCGGAAGUAUAAAGUUAAAAUGUUUCCCGUAAUAUGCAACACAGAAUUAUUUUGUCAUUGACAUGCGCACAGUUUUUUCAACUGGAAAAAAGGCAAAAAGCAUUUUGGAAAGCAAGGGGGGGGGGGGGGGGUUCAGGCUUGCGUACAAAGAUGCAUCUUGGUUACUGGUCACAGGUAGUCGAUGAUGCCUGAUUAAUAUAAAGUAUCAAUAUUUAACACGCUGUCCAAUUUUACGAGCAAACCUCUCCCCCCCCCCCCCCCGUAUAAGAACGAUAAUACAGCACUUAUGAUUAUUUUGAACUCAAUAUGUGCAAAAUGUCUGGGAAGUGCAAUUGUUUAUCUUUGCUGCCCCCCCCCCCUCCCCAUAGCGGCUUGUUCCCUGUGUGAUAACGCAAUGUAACUCGAGCAUCAAUCUGCCAGUUGGGGAUAGGUGAUUGCUACGUUUGUAAUUCCAGUCGAGGUAAUUACGUUAUGUUUUGAAUUUUACAAAAUGUAGACUGACGGUUGGUGCUCAAUGUAGCCCCUUCUUUUGAUACAUUACCACGCGUGAACGUCCGAAUAAUGUAAUGCGCCCUGAUUGAGAAUGGCGCAGUCUUAUGCGAAAUAAUAAUUCGAAAAUUUAAUAUCUCGCGGAAAUAAAAAAACAAUCGAUGCCAGAGCCGAAUUGCAAAAUGCUCCAUGUAGCGUGCAUUCGAAGGCUUAUGCGUGCGUAAUUUAAGCAUGUGCAGUUGAUUUGGACCGUACUGAAGCAGUCUCUAAUGAGGUAUAAUUAGACUUACAGUAUAUCUGUGUAGCAUUGUGAUGAUAAUCAUUGACACUUCUAAUUAGUGAUCAGGGCUUUGCAAUUUGAGUAGAGUAUAUUGCCCGUAGAUUUAAAGCUCUUCCCCCCCCCCUCACUGCAAACCUUUCGUAUCCUGCUGUGUACACGGUAACAAUUUACCCCCAAUAAGCAUAUUAUCCUAGAAGUAGCCUGUGAUUGUAACGUGUACACUCACAUGCACGGUACAGCAAGAUAUCAAACAUAUGGCUUGCACUUCUCAAAUGAAGUGUUUACAGUAACUUCUCAUUCUAUUAAACGAAUUCUCUGUAAGGCCGACGUCUUUACAAAAAUAAGAAAAUAUUAUGUUCUCUGAGAAAGCAUUGUGUGGUCAUGUGGUGGUGAGAGAUGACGUUUGUCAUCGGAGUGGUGAAAUGAAACGGGGUUUUGUAUAGCUGCCUCUCUUCAAAAUUCUUCCAACUUAAAACACGUUCACGUCACGUGACACCGAGUUUGAAAAGGCAGCUUUUACGCCUGGGAACAGGGUCUCUUGUAAGUAAAGCUCCAGCCCCCUCUGACCCUUGCGCUUACAAACUGAAUGUGUCUGGAUUCAAGUACUCGUCAGUGUAAGGAACUGCAAGUGUAGAUUGCUUCGUCGUGGAGGGGUGUCCUGAGACAUGGAAGCUCUCCAGCCAAGUUAACUAGAUGGUCCGUGUUCCCGCGUGCCACUAAUUAGCUCCAUUUCACACGAUAAUUGGUGGAUGGUUGGCAGUGUUAUCCUGAUUGUCUCCUGCAUAUUCACAACUGAAAACCAGUUUGCCUAGUUCGUUAUAUUGGUGCAUGGCAUGCCGGUGUUUACUGUGUUGAGUGUUCAGAAGUUAAAGCCGUGGGGCCAACCAACAUUAAUGCUCACACGUAUAACUGCUAAAUCUGAUGUAGUGGGUUUUUUUCUUACUUUAUACAGAUUGUUAUUUUUUAUUGAGGGGUAUGCACAAUGUGAAUAACAUGGCACUGUUUUAUAGAUUUUUCUUAAAUUUAUUGUAAUCUUAUUACUUUAAUCAUUGUUUUACUGUAUUGUCUGAUAUAGUUUUAUAUAUAUAAUUUCACUGUGCAAUGAAUGUAUCCUUGGUUUAGGGUGCAAGAUGUUACCAAAACGGGAUAUAACAUGGCCACACAUAACAUUUGGUAGAGGCGUUUACCUUUCAACUUUAAAGUGUGCAUUUGCAACCAAAUCAUUACAAAUUAUCUUCACAAAACAAUGUUAUUUGAGGCAUAUGUAAGUGUUGUUCCAUUCUUUGGACGUUACAGACUCGAAUAUAUUUUCAGAUAAAAGUUUGGUGGUGAUGCUACACAUUGAAUACAUUUUCAGUUGAUGUCUCAAACGUUGCUCUUUGAUUUUGUAUAAACCUUGCUACUUGCUUCAUUUGCUUAUUUUCCCCAUUUACCGUGUUCUGUUUAGCUCUUUGCCAGAUUUUAUAUUUCCUUCUGCAGUAAAGCCGUGUGAAGAGGUAUAUAGCGAGUAAAUGGCUGUGACUCGGUUGUGAAUGUAACUGCUGAAAAAAACUAUUUGAAAUGCUAAAUGCCGCAGCUGUUUUAAUCCUCAUUUUCCAAUUUUUUUAUUUCUAAUUUUGACUGCAAAGGUAUAUUUGAUGCCAGCUGAACAAAAUUAAACACCAUCCACUAUAGUGUUGAACCAAAAAAAAUAAUUUUCCUAGCAUUUAAAUGAUGCUCCUAAAUUAAGCUAAGGUAAAUUAAUAUUUUACACCAGUUUAUUUAUGUUGUAAAUGAAAAUAAAAAAAUAUAUAUAUUAAAUAUAUAGGUCUUAUCUUACUCCUUAGCUUGAAAGUACUUUGUGUGUAUAUAUACGCUGUGUCUUAUAUGUUGGAAGGCAAUUCAGGUGUUAAAAGUGAGUUGUAUCUGAUUUAAAAUGUUUUCCAUCAGCAGUUACUCAUUGCGAAUAAAUCACUCCACAGCUUGUGCUCUUGAGGUUUCACCACAUUAGAGCCCGUUUUCUCAGCCGAAAAAUAUCACAGUGAGUUCUCACAAUUGAUAUUACACUUGUCAAAAGGGUUUUCACGUAACUGAACACCCACUAGACUUCUUGGAUGUCUUGCAACAACUUAUUUUCGCUUCGUGUGCUUUUCAAUUUAAUGUUUGACUGAAACCGGCCUCUUCAUCUGUCCUACCAUCGUGAGCCUGAUGUGAAACCCAAGCUGAGAUAUACCAUAGGUAGCACUAGGAAGACCUCUUCACCACAAAGUACUGUAAAUCUGAUGGUGAAGGUGUUUAUUGUUCUUGUCAGUUAUUACGGGUAAGUAUUUCCAUCGCAUUUUAAGGGAAUUGUCAAGUUUUGGACUCAAGAAAAAAUUGACUUAAGAACGGUGGACUUAGGUCCAUACAUUUAAAAUUUUAUUUCGGCUAAAAGCGUUUGCGUGCAGUUUUGUUGAUAUUCCUGCUUAACUGUAUACACGACAUGAGGUAUAUAAAAUAGUAACAUUGCAAAUUACAGUAGACUGCUAUAUUUUGUGAUUGGGCCUCUUAUUAGGUAUGUUCAUGUUAGAGUUCUGUUUCUCUUGAUGCUUUGUCACUGCUAUAGAGUUCAGAGACGUUCACACGACGCAUAUAAUACCUGAUGAAUGAGGCCACUGUGGAAACCACGUGGAAUGUGGGUUGGUACACAAGACCAAAAAAACCCAGGUCUGUGCCAUUCAAUAUUCCAUAUCUGGUUUUCACAGCAGCCUGUAAAUGAGAAUAUUUAGAUAAACCCCUUUCCUAGCUGAUCCAUGAGAACAUAGUUCAUGUAAUGCAUUAGUGAUUGUUUUCUAAACAGACUGGUUAAAGAGUGUUCCUGGUUAAUGCCGUUGUGUGGGUCCCUCGACUAAACAGAUGUAAUCCAGUACAGUAUUCAUCAUAACAUCUGGGUUAAAUACAGCACAUGUUGGAAUAUAACAUUACUUUGUGUAUAGUAAUAUAUCAUUGUGUGUGGGUGUUACAAAGGUGCAAGAUGUGAAUGUACCAAUAAAGAUUACUAGAAU